AUGUCGUCUUUGGCGCUUGACCUGGCGUUCACGGGAGCUAUCUACCUCGGUUUCUCCUUCUACGAGCGUAUCUUGUAUCCGCUGGUGGCGGCGGUGGUGAAGGCCCGCCUGCGGGACCGGCCGCAGUGUCUGCGGACGCUCGCGUUGAAGGACAAAAUCUUUAUUGUCUUUGCCAAACUUGUCACGGCCGUCUUUGUCUACCACACCUAUCGGUUUGUCGUCAACACUGAAGUGAGCGGCAUCUGUGUGGACUUCCUAAAUGGGCCCGCGCUUCUUCGCUCGGUGGCGUGGAUGCCGCUGCACCUUGUGACACUCUUUGUCAUCUACGACUUCUUCUACACCCUCUUUCACUGGGGGCUGCACUGGCCGCCGAUUUACCCCCUCAUCCAUAAGCACCACCACCGCCAAGUGACACCGUUUCGCGGCAUUGACGACUCCAUCAACGACCACCCCUUUGAGUAUGUCACCGGGGAGUAUCUGCACCUCUUCGUCCUGUACCUGCUCACACGCGUCACACCUGUGGGUCAGGUGCACGCCCUGACAGUUGUGGCCUUUAUCUUUAUUGGCGGCACACUGGCCGGCCUCAAUCACACACGCAUUGAUGUGCGCAUUCCGUACGUUUUCAACGUCUGCGCCCACGAUCUGCACCACUCGCAGUUUCACUACAACUACGGCCAGUACAUUAUGCUUUGGGACUGGAUGUUUGGGACCUUUAAGAGCUACCCGGAGGUGUCGAAGGCCGCAGCGGAGUAG